CGCCGCCUCCUGCGCCUCCUCGUAUCGCGGCGGUGGCGGGCAGGGUCCGGCCGCGGCCCCGCAGCUUCUCGCCGAGGCGGCGCGGCCUCCGCUCCCUCCUUCCCUGCCUCGGUCGCUGCCCAGCCCCGGCGCGAUGUCGGGCGGCGCGGCCAGCGCCCCUAAGCCCCUCCCGUCCUCCGGGCCCAAGUCGCUGCGGGAGAUGCCGCAUCCUCUGGCCACGUCCAGCAGUGAGGAGAUGGGGCCGGCGCUCACCCCCAGCCCCGACCUGCUCCUGCCCCGCAGCAUCGCCGACAAGGAUCUCAGCCUGCCCAAUGGCACACCAGUGGACACUUCUAGCCCAGCCUCCUCCUCAUCUCUCCUCAACAGACUGCAGCUGGAUGAUGACUUGGAUGUGGAAACUAGAGACCUCUUUGUUACUGUUGAUGAUCCCAAAAAACACGUGUGCACAAUGGAGACAUAUAUUACGUACAGGGUUACAACAAAGACCACACGAGCAGAGUUUGAUUUGCCAGAGUAUUCUGUCCGUCGGCGGUACCAAGACUUCGACUGGUUGAGAAACAAGCUGGAAGAGUCUCAGCCAACGCAUCUUAUUCCCCCUCUUCCUGAAAAAUUUGUGGUGAAGGGUGUUGUUGAUCGCUUUUCGGAAGAGUUUGUGGAGACAAGGAGGAAAGCAUUAGACAAAUUCUUGAAGAGAAUAACUGAUCACCCAGUGCUGUCUUUUAACGAGCACUUCAACGUCUUUCUCACAGCUAAGGAUCUUAAUGCCUACAAAAAGCAAGGGAUGGCUUUACUGUCAAAGAUGGGGGAGUCUGUCAAAUAUGUUACAGGAGGCUACAAGUUAAGAAGUCGGCCACUGGAGUUUGCAGCCAUUGGGGAUUAUCUGGACACAUUCUCUCUAAAGCUUGGUACCAUUGAUAGAAUAGCACAACGGAUCAUCAAAGAACAGUUGGAAUACUUGGUGGAACUACGAGAAUAUGGACCUGUUUAUUCAACCUGGGGAGGGCUGGAGGUUGAGCUAUCAGAGCCACUGGAAGGAGUGUCUGCCUGUAUUGGGAAUUGCUGCACAGCUCUUGAAGAACUCAGUGAGGACAUGACAGAAGACUUCCUACCUGUGCUUAGGGAAUAUAUAUUGUAUGCUGAGUCCAUGAAGAAUGUUUUGAAGAAGAGGGACCAAGUCCAAGCGGAGUAUGAAGCAAAACUGGAAGCAGUAGCCUUGAAAAGAGAAGACCGUCCAAAGGUACCUGCAGAUGUUGAGAAAUGUCAAGACCGAGUAGAAUGUUUCAAUGCUGACCUGAAAGCAGAUAUGGAGAGAUGGCAGAACAACAAAAGACAAGACUUUAGGCAGCUACUCAUGGGGAUGGCAGAUAAAAACAUCCAGUACUACGAGAAGUGCCUUACGGCGUGGGAGUCAAUUAUACCACUAUUGCAAGACAAGCCAGAGACCAAAUAAGAAGUACCUUCAUGGACAGUCUAGCACUUCUGUGCUCAGUACCACUAGUCUUACUGGAACUGUAUGGAGGACUCUUUUUGUUAACUGAAAUGACAGCUGCACUUAGUUUUUCAGAGUAUCUGUUCCAGCCUAUUUGAAUUUUUUUCCUCAAUUUUUGUGUUUAAACUGGGGUAUGUUUCAUCUUUUUGAGUUAUCUUGAAUGGUUCCUUCUUUAUUCUAUGGAGUGAUUGGGGUUCAUAGAGAAAGUGCAUGGGGAUCUUGAUAAAAUUUACCUCUCUAGUCUGGAAGGAACUGAUGAGUGGAACACUAAAAAGAUGAAAAUAAAACUCUACUGCAAGGUGCCAAAUGACAUCUUUAUUACCAUUCUGUUUUGUUUGCUUUAAAAAAAUAUAUUUCUAUGAUACAGUACUCCCUGACCAACUCUUACUUUUUUUUUUUUUUUUUUUUUUUUUUUGGUUUUUUUUGGGUUUUUUUUUUAAUGGACCAGGAAAGGCUGGGAAAGAAUAUUUUCUGUUUCACUACCACCUGUGUGCUCCCUCUGGAUGAAAUGGUCUCUGCUGUAGACUUUUCUGUUCGGGAGUCAGGCUGGUUCUAGACAGACCAUACCAACACCAGCUGCAGACAGCUGGUGAUGGAAGCAUGAACUGUGGUUUUUGUGAGUGUGGCAUGCUGUUGGUUCAUAUUGAGUAUCUUUGUUUACCUUGGUGAUUAUGAAGUAAUGUCAGUUGACUGAAGCGUAUUUGUGACUGACUUGGGGAUCAAAACCAGCCUAGCUGCAGGAAUGAGUUGGACUGCAGCCUUUCAGGGGUUGUGGGAAUGGGGGAGGAAGUAUGAGUCUUUAAUUUUCCAAAGCUAGCUCUGGAAGUUGCGUGGUGGAGAUCUCUUACACCAUGCUUUAUAUAUGGGUUUCACUAGAGCCAUUUUAGGCUUGGUCACCUAAGAUGCCUGCUGUAGUAAAAGUAGAACUCUUUUCUUUCCCCAAAAGGUGUCAAAUGCUUCCUUCCACCAAGCAUCAGAGUGUGUGAAACUUGCCUUAGAUGGGUUGGUGGGGGAUAGAUGGGUACCCUAUAGGUACACAGUGCUCAUAACUUUCUCUGCUGAACCACAUGGCAAGUCUUUUAGGACCACUUUUGUUACGGAUCUAUUUUCUUAGUAGUUUCUGUUAGCCUUUAGAAUUGCAGCUGCUUCUGCAAAUUCUUUUUUGUCCUUGCUCUUGCAGUCCAACCUCAAGUAAAUGCCUGCUUGGUGUUAAUGGCCUUAGGAAUGCUGAUGUGAUUUAACCAUCCUAAUGAGGGGGGUUGGGACUCAUAUGAGUGUAAUACUGGGAUUUAGGGCAAUAAAUAACUCUGUGCUUACUGCUAAAUUGGAGUGAUUACUUGUUCUCUGGCAACGUUCUUGCAAAGAAUGUGAGCAGUGAUAGAUUUUGUGCAAGUUCUCUGUUCUCCUGUAACAACCCACCAGGUACUAGUCUGAUUUGGAAUUUAGUCCUUCAUUAGCACCAACUGAACAUGCAGCCACUCCUCUCAGCCUGGUGGCUUUAUGGAACUCUCAAGAUGAGUUGUUGCAGCACCUGUGGUAGCUCAACUGUGUCAGGCUAAUAAGAUGGUGCUCUCUGCAUGAAAAAGUAAAAUAUUUGACAUUUUAAGAAUUUUUUAUUUUUGGCUCAGCCUUCAUUGACAACUCUGUGUUACUAAACGAACUGUGUUUCUUGUUUUAAGAUCAGUUUGCCAAUAUGCACUUUUUGGUGUAAAUGAGAACUCUGGUUUAAGUUACUGUUAGGUUCAGAAUCACAGACUCCUCUUGUUCAGGGGAAGUACUUAAGGGGAUCAUCUCGAAGCAAUCUAGAAUAAGCACUUGCAUACUAUCCAACAGUCUGUCCUUCAGGAUUAUAGUCUUCCCUAUUUUCCACAAAGAAAGAUCAACAUGCUUUUUGAAUUAGUUCAAAAAGAACGUGGAAUAAAUUGAAUUUUGUAGUUGACUCUGCAACAUCACUGGGACUCAAGCAAAAUAGUCUUCCCACCACCUUAUUAAAAUAAAUAGCACAACAUGAGUAGAAAGAAUGGUGAUUUUUUUUCCUACAGGUGGUUUCAUCUGAUGCCUUACAACACUAAGGGACUCCUCCUGCUUUGCUUUAUGUCAAGCUGAAGCAGAUGUUGCUUCUGGGGAGUUCAGCAAUUAACAUCACAGCUGUUCAAGAGAAGCAUAAUGGACAGUGGAGAGUACCAAGUGAAGUUCAAAUCAGCAUGUAACUGUUGAGGCUGGAGCUGCUGAAGAUCGAGCUGUCUUACAUGAUCUGGACCUAAACCUCUUAAGCUCCUACAUGGGAGGUAAAACUUGACAUUCAAAGGAGAAGUCCUCUGCAAGAAUUGCUGCAGUGUAAUAGGGCUGUGCAUAGGUGCGUCUCAGUUGCUACAGACUGUGGAGUGGUCUGUUCUUACGAAGAGCUGUUGUAAAUCACAAGAUGACUGAGGGAGAGGCUGUGGGUCAGAUGUAGGGAGGAUCCUGACUGUGAUGUUUGGGGCAACUAUGCCAGUCAGGAAAACUACAAAAGUUGCAGGAAAUUCCUGUAAGGUGUGCAGAGUGACACUUGUAUCAUAUAACUGCUGUUAGACGGAGGUUGAGUUCUGAAACUCUUAACAUGUUAUCCUGUAGUCCCUACAGAAUGAAAGUCUUUACUUUGAAUGGUCCGCACUUCUCUGAGAGAAACAGAAGAUGUUGGUAAAGGAAAGCAGGAAUAGUGCAGGAGCUUCAUCUUUGAGUAACUUGUUGAGCAUUAAGUCACUGAAGAUGACUCUCUGCACAUGCACCAAAAUGACACCAAAAGUAGUUGGUGCCCUUUUUAUGAGCCUGUUUAAAAUGUGGCUCUUUCAGCAGUCCUUAAACCAGUCCAGUUUUCCUCAUAAUCCAUAGCCAGGGCAGGGCCCUCUCAGUGGAUGCAUAAUUCACUACUGCCCAGUUAUUUCUGUAUAGUUUCUGUGGUGUUUGUUUCUUCUCUUAAGUGGCACCAGCACAAUAAAGCAGGCACCGAGCUCUUGUUUCUAUGCUCAGUAAUGGAUUCCCACACCAUGCAUUGUUCAUGUAUACCUUUAUCAGGAUCUAAAUCUAGCAAUAAAUACACAUGUUAAAACAUCAUGGCUUUUUCAGGUAAACAUUGAAAAAUGAAAAGGUAAUAUGUGUAGCCCUAAAGACAGACAGUUUUGGUGUGAGUUAUAUUAAAGGAUAAAGUAUGAUUGUUCACUGAAAUCUGCUUGGACUUUUGCUGCACUAAAACUUGUGCUGAGGAUAAAGUAGUUCAGUAACUGGUACAAACAAAGCAGGAGUGGCAGAGACAGUUCUGUGGGGGCACUGUGCAGUAGCUUUGAAGCAGUGGCUCUGGACAGCCUGUUCAUGGCAAGUUUCUUAAGGUGUCAGUCCUGCAGAUGCAAGGGUACAAAGGAAUUCUUUCCCAGAUAGCAGCGACUGUUCAUUAUUUUAACAGGAGCCAUGCUUUUGUUAAAACUUGCACAAUUUAACUGGAUGUUGUUACAAUUAUUGUUACAGACUUGAAAAUCCUUGUCCUGGUUACCACUGGACAAAAUUUUGUAGACUAAAUUAGCUCAUUAGAUGUUCUGUCAUGUUAAAUUCUGAAGGUGGAACAUUCUUUCCUUGUUAUAUUAACUUUUACUACAACAACACAUAGGUAAUAUCUGGACUUUUUUUUGAAGACAGGCAAGUUGCUACUACUUGUUGGAUUUUUUUUCCUCUUGUGAAGUAAAACUGGGGAUCACAGGAAUAAACUUGCCUUCUGGCAGAUGGAAUGUGGCAUUUAAAACUUUUUGGGAGUGCUGUUGAGCCAAUUUACAAACUAAAAUGGCAGUGCUUAUUUCUGUGCUUAGCACUUGAAAGUCUUGCUGAAGAAUCUGACUUGUACUUAGUAAUGAACUGGGCAAGUUUUAAGGUUGCAUGCCUAAAACACAGUAAAUUUGCAGAAAAUAAUGAGCUUUCCAAAGAGGUAUAAGUAGAUCACCCUUAGGUAAAUGGUAUGCUAAGACAAGGUUAGUCACUGUCCUAGACUGCUUUGAAAGUCUUGGUAUUCUACGCUUUGAAGUGAAGCCAUUUCCUUAACCCUGGUGCUGGGGUAUGUACCCAUACCUUCAGAUCAAGCUGCAGCGUUGUGCCCAGUGCAACAUUCCCACUGUACAAGGAGACAGGUUGCUGAGGGCCAGUCUUAAAAAGGGCUUUUGUCUACAGUUCGCAAAAAUAAAGAAGCAUCGUCCUUGUUCUUGCUUUUCUGUGCCUGUAUCCCUCUGUCCCUCCCUAAGGUCUGGAGAGCUGUGCCAUGCAGGUGAAGGCAAGCUGGCUGUGAGCUUCACACACUGUGUUGAAGGUGUCAGUGAUGGGGACCAAACGGUGCUGGUUCCUUGUCCAGACUCUUCUGCUUUCACUUUAUAAACCCACUCACCAGAACUAGAGUCACUGUUCAUACUAUUAAAAUACAAAAUUAAAGCUGUGAAAAUACUUGUCUCUGUGUGAAUUAGCUAGUAAACAAUGUAAAAAUGGGAAGGAGGCUUUUGUUUCCUGUACUUGGUCAAAUCUGGCAACUUGUUCAGACUCGCAGGCUAGGAAAUGUUGUCUUGCCUUCUGGUGCUGGCAUGUUUCUAUAACCUUUCAUAUAUCUCUUUAAAUAUACUUUGUGCAUUGUUUACUAUGGAGCUAGUAUUGAUGAAGAAAAAUGCUUUGAGGUAAAACUGCUUGUAAUUCUCUAUUACUGUGUACAUUUUUUAAAUGGACCAUUUGUUUACCUCAAUUAAUUUAAUGGAAUGGACCGAUAAAUGUAUUAAAAAAUUACUCCUUUACUUUGAAUAAAGUUUCACUUUUUUGCGGUCUUCA